AUGGUGAAAUCUUCCACCCUUACCACAACAUGGACAAUCACGACGACCACCUUUUCAACGGGAACUGGGGACGUCCAUUGCACGCAUCUUGACAGCAGCAAUAGCACAGUAGCUUGGUCAAAUACGACAUGUACGUCGACAACAUCCAGUUGCGGUGGUCUCACCCAGUCUCCUGGUCCAACCACGUUGAGGACCGUGACUACAAUAGCAGAGUCGGGGAGCGAGAACCCAAAUACCGUCUACGACCCCUUACCAACCGACAGAACAACCAUCCCCCCGAAACAGAAGGAUGAGCUUCCAAGUAACCCUGACUACCCUUGGGGCGGAAACUCGCCUAUCCAUCGUCACCAGAUCAUGGAUGAACCCAAGGAGCACGCCACCAACUCCAUUGGAGCUCGGUCCAAGAUCAAGAAUUGGCUCUGGGGGAGGUCGAUCAAGAGGCUCAAGCCUCAUUGGUUCGGGGCUCAUCCGAAUGAUCAGGAUGGAAGCGGGGAGUAA